UCGGUCGUCAUGAAGUUUGGCGGUUCGUCCGUCGCCGACGCGGCGCGCGUGCGAGAGGUCGCGCAGAUCGUGCUGUCGUUUCCGGAGGAGAUGCCGGUGCUCGUGCUGUCGGCGAUGGGUAAGACGACGAAUAAUCUGCUGGCGGCGGGGGAGAUGGCGAUGCGCGCGGAGGAGGGCGUCGAGGCGCUGGAACCGCUGCGCGCGAUACGAAGGCUGCACGAGGACACGAUGGAAGCGCUGGGCACGGAUGCGGUGACGAAGGCGGAGGUGCAAAAGUUGUUGAAGAAGCUGGAGCAAGUGUGCACGGGGAUCGCGCUGAUGCAAGAGGUGACGUCGCGGACGCGGGCGCUGCUGGUGAGUUUCGGCGAGCGAAUGAGCACGAGAAUCUUCGCGUCGUAUCUGCGGUCGUUGGGAGCUCGAACCGAGCAGGUGGACACGAUCGACGACAUGUUCGUCACGACGGAUGAGUUUGAAAAUGGGAUGAUUCUGGACGCGACGUUUUCAAAGACGAAGGCGCGAUUGACGUUGGGGCCGGGGGACGAACCCGUCGUGCGCGUGGUGACGGGAUUUCUCGGUAGAGGCGAAAAGACGGGGGCGGUGUGCACGCUCGGACGGGGAGGUAGUGAUUUAACGGCGACGGUGAUCGGCAAGGCGCUCGGGUUAAAAGAGGUCCAGGUUUGGAAAGACGUCGACGGCGUGCUCUCCGCGGAUCCGCGCGAGGUUGAGGGCACGGUUCCCAUGCCGUUUUUGAGUUUUCAAGAAGCGACCGAGUUGGCGUACUUUGGCGCGCAGGUGCUUCACCCGCACUCGAUGCGACCGGCGAUGGAUUCCAGUGACUUGUGCGUGCGCGUGAAAAACUCGUAUAACAUUAGAGCGCCCGGCACCGUUAUUGGGCACGUGCGCGACGAAGACGAGCACAAAAAUUGGCUUCUUACAUCCAUCGUGCAAAAGAAAAACGUCACCAUGCUCGACAUUACGUCGACGCGCAUGCUCGGCCAAUACGGUUUUUUGGCCAAGGUUUUCAGCGUCAUGGCGUCCAAUGGAAUUUCUGUCGACGUCGUCGCGACAUCAGAGGUGAGCGUGUCGCUCACGCUCGACCCAUCCAAGUUGUGGAGCCGAGAUUUGGCCAAGGAGGAACUGGAAAAACUCGUGCAAGAUUUCGAAAACGAGGGCAUCGCGCACGUGACGGUGAGCAGCGGACAUUCCAUCAUUUCUCUCAUCGGUAACGUGGAAAGAAACAACGAAAUCAUGGAGCGAUCGUUCCGCGCUCUUGGCUCCGAGGAUAUCAAAGUGAAGAUGGUUUCUCAAGGGGCGUCGAAAACGAACAUCUCUCUUUUAGUCGACCAAGAACAAGGGAGCGACGCCGUGCGAGCGAUUCACUCUGAAUUUUUCAGCAAGUAAUAACCGACACGUAAUAUGAAGUACGCGCAGUAGCGAUAGCGA